CAGAGCUUCUCAGAUCGUAAAAAUCUCUCCUUUUCCGGUCGCUGCUCCGGCUUGGGAUCAUAACCAGCUGGGUUGAAGUUAUCAUAUUCGCUGUUAUCGCGACUUUUUUGGAUAUGGCUGUUGUAGAAUCGCAUUUUAGGUAUUCUCGAUUGAGGUAGAUGGAUGUCGAGAGGGUUUGAUUAAAUCUUCGCUCUCGUUGCAAAUCUCUCCGUAUUUGUGGAAUUUCCUUUUUUUAUCUUUCCUAAAAAUUCAUCUCAGCUUGGUAUUGCUUCCUGAGGGAAUGAUUAGCUUGUAGAUCUUACUAAUUGCAAAGGCUGGAGAUUUGUGGAGGGGGAAGAAAUUAAAUAACGUACAUGCUAUCGGGUUCACUAUACGGGCAUGUUUAGGCUCGAGGGAGGCCCUGGAUCAUGCUAUCUCUGCGACCCAUUCGCAGAUUCUGCCAUUCUUCUUCCUUUAUAGCCACUGGGAGCGCCCAUAUCCCGACAGAAUCCAAUCUGAGCCAAGGUUUGAAACCGCUCGAGGAACCUGCCCUCGUCAAGCUUAAAUCUGAGCGAGACCCUGAGAAGCUAUUCAAGCUCUUUAAAGCUAAUGCCACCAACCAGCUGGUGAUUGAAAAUCGAUUUGCUUUUGAAGAUACGGUUUCUAGAUUAGCUGGGGCACGUCGCUUUGAUUUCAUCGAGGAUCUUCUUGAGCAUCAGAAGACACUUCGACAAGGUCGGCGCGAGGGCUUCAUUGUUAGGAUUAUAAUGUUAUAUGGCAAGGCUGGAAUGACGAAGCACGCACUUGAUACUUUCUAUGAUAUGGAUUCAUACGGGUGCAAGAGGACUGUUAAAUCCUUCAAUGCCACACUUAAAGUCUUGACUUUGAAACCGGAUCUGCACGCCAUCCAGGACUUCCUUCGCGAUGUCCCUUCCAAGUAUGGGGUUGAAAUUGACGCCGUUUCUUUCAACAUUGUCAUUAAAUCUGCCUGUGAGAUGGGUUUUCUUGACAGGGCGUAUCUGGCAAUGAUGGAGAUGGAGAAAUCAGGGGUGAAACCAGACGUAGUUACAUAUACUACACUUAUAUCUGCGUUUUACAAGCACGAUAUGUAUGUGAUCGGAAAUGGACUCUGGAACCUUAUGGUCCUCAAGGGAUGUAGGCCUAAUCUCACCACCUUUAAUGUUAGGAUUCAGUUUUUAGUGAAUCGGAGACGAGCUUGGGAUGCAAAUGAUCUGUUGAUGUUGAUGCCAAAACUCCAGAUGGAACCGGACAGCGUAACAUAUAACAUGGUUAUCAAAGGGUUUUUUCUUGCUGGGUUCCCUGAGAUGGCAGAAAGGGUUUAUACAGCAAUGCAUGGUCAGGGUUACAAACCCAAUGAGAAGAUCUACCAGACGAUGAUCCACUAUUUGUGUAAGGCAAAAAAGUUUGACUUGGCUUAUACGAUGUGUAAGGAUUGUAUGAGAAAGAAGUGGUACCCGAACUUGGACACAGUUGGCAUGUUGCUCAACGGGCUUGUUCAAAAGGGGCAGCUUGAUCAGGCUAAGUUGAUCAUGGCGUUAAUUCACAAACGAGUCCCUCCUUUCAGAAAAGAACAGUUGGUCUCCCUGAAGUCCAUUUUGUAAUGAUUACAUGAAGUGGAACAAAUUUGCUACAUUUACACGAGAAAGCGGCCAAAGGAUUCUUUAUUUCUUUUUCCUGAGUUUCUUUUGUAUAGUUGUGGUGGAACUGGAAAUUGGAUGUGGCCCCAUAUUAGGAGACACACUAACUUGUUCUUAACGGAUUCGACUAUUUGUUCUUCUAUGAUAAUAAAAGCUGAGGAUGAACUGAAAACUCAAGUGAAUGCGCACUCGAGAGCAGUUUGGCCUACGCAAAGUUGUGACCAAUCUUUUGCCUUGUGCUGGAGAAACCGUCUGCACUUGGCUCAGACGAUGAAAAGCUUCUUGGAAAAAAACAUCUUAUUCUGGCCAAAAGAAAGGCGAUUUUCAUAUCAACAUUCAUCGACGUUCCUGCUACAGUAGGAAGCUUAGACAACAGGAGAAAAGAAGAACAAGAGGCAAGUUUUGUUUUGUCGUCAUUGAUUUAGAUGACCCACAGUCUGUGUAACGUUGGAGAAAUUAAUAUUCUGUUCGUUGUGACAAUAAAAUACACUCCAACUGUUGAGCCCACAAAUGAGAAAGCAAACAAAAGUUCAUUUGGUGUGUGAUUUGUCGCAUGUGUAACUUUAACGGUAGAUU